GAUGGAGUACCGUGCGAGGAGGAUGGCUUCGUCGGUGACAGAAACGAUUGCCAGGUGUUCUACCGGUGCAUUUCCCGCGGGGAUGGCACCUUCGAGAAGCUGCCGUUCCGGUGCGGAAAUGGGACGGUGUGGGACGACCGGAUCAGUUCCUGUAACCAUGCGAACGCCGUGGAGCGAUGCUCACAGAAUGCUCAAAGUGAUUACAUCGUCAACCAGGAGUCGUUUAGCCAAUCGAACGCGGCGAUGGAUAGAAAUAUGACUCAAGCCAGCGGAUCGAUGACCCAAAAUGGCAUCACCACCAACACCACGAGCUCUCAGACGGCGCAAUCUAGUCAGAUGAGUAACUAUAACAACAUGACGACCACGAUACAAGAUGGUAACGGUCAGGGUUCGAGUUCUUCGAGCAGCUCCAGCAGUUCUAGCAGCUCGAGCAGUUCAAGCAGUUCUAGCAGUAGCAGCAGUAGUAGUUCUAGUUCCAGCAGCUCGGGUGGUGGUAAUCAGUGGAGUAACCAAGGUUCUGGGGGCCAGUGGAAUAACCAGGGAUCUGGUGGAAGUAAUCAGUGGAAUAACCAAAAUCAAGGAUCGAGUGGUAGCAAUCAGUGGAACAAUCAGGGUUCAGGCAGUAACAAUCAGUGGAACAAUCAGAACCAAGGUUCAAAUAACCAAUGGCAAAAUCAAAAUCAAGGCUCUUCCAGCAAUAAUCAGUGGAAUAACCAAAAUCAAGGCCAAAAUCAACAAUGGAGCAACAAUAAUCAAGGUCAAAGUAGCAACAACCAGUGGAACAAUCAGAACCAGGGGCAAAACAAUCAGUGGAACAACCAGAACCAAGGACAGAAUAGUAACAACCAAUGGAGCAAUCAAAAUCAGGGACAAAAUAACCAAGGGAGCAAUCAGAAUCAAGGACAAAGUAAUAAUAACCAAUGGAACAAUCAGAAUCAAGGUCAAAAUAACCAAUGGAGCAAUAGCAACCAAGGUCAGAAUAGUAACAACCAAUGGAACAAUCAGAAUCAAGGUCAAAAUAACCAAUGGAGCAAUAGCAACCAAGGUCAGAAUAGUAACAGUCAAGGUAGCAAUCAGAACCAAGGUCAAAAUAACCAAUGGAGCAAUAGCAACCAAGGUCAGAACAGUAACAGUCAAGGUAACAAUCAGAACCAAGGUCAAAAUAAUCAAUGGAGCAAUAGUAACCAAGGUCAAAAUAAUAACAGUCAAGGUAACAAUCAGAAUCAAGGUCAAAAUAACCAAUGGAGUAAUAGUAAUCAAGGUCAGAAUAGCAACAAUCAGUGGAGUAGUCAAAAUCAGGGGCAGAACAAUCAAUGGAACAAUCAAAACCAAGGAUCCAACAAUAACAACCAGGGUAAUAGUCAAAAUCAAGGUCAGAAUAGUCAAUGGAGCAACCAAAAUCAAGGCCAGAGCAAUAACAAUCAGGGAAAUAAUCAAAAUCAAGGUCAAAAUAGCCAAUGGACCAAUCAGAAUCAAGGUCAAAGCAAUAACAACGAAUGGAGCAAUCAGAAUCAAGGACAGAAUAACCAAUGGAGUAAUAGUAACCAAGGCCAGAAUAGCAACAGCCAAGGAAACAAUCAGAAUCAGGGUGAAAAUAACCAGUGGAACAACCAAAAUCAAGGUCAGAAUAACAACAACCAAUGGAACAAUCAGAAUCAAGGUCAAAACAAUCAAGGAAACAAUAAUAACCAAGGUCAAAACAACAACAACCAAGGUAAUAAUCAAAAUCAAGGUCAGAAUAACCAAUGGAACAAUCAAAAUCAGCAGACGAAUAGCAAUACACAGUGGAAUAAUCAUACGCAAAGUGAAACUAACCAAUGGAGUACUCAAAGUCACAAUUCCACUACCUCAAUUCAGUCUACCAAUGGAAAUCAGGGUCAAAACCAGCAAUCAAGCGGUCAGAAUCAAGGAACAGGUAGCAAUAACCAGAAUCAAGGGCAAAAUCAGCAAACUAACAAUCAAAACCAAGGUCAAAAUAAUCAACAAAGCACCCACAAUCAAGAACAAGGUCAAAAUACGAACCAGGGCUCCAAUACUAACGAGAACAGUCAAAGUAAUCAGGCAUCUUCUGGCUCGAACCAAACCAACCAGCAGAGUAUCACAAAUCAGCCAGAUACCGGUAGCCAACCUGGCAAUCAAACUCCUCUUCCUACUACCACUGAUGCAGCCUCACAAACGGCUACUACCCAGCCUCCUAUGACCCAAAGUUCUACUACGACUGUAGCUACAACACCUACUACGAUUGCGCCUCCAUCAUCAACAUCUGCCCAAGCGCCAACGAUGGCCGCCACGACUGCUAGUACUGCUACGACUGCACCCGAUUCUUCAACUCAACAACCAUCAACCGUCCCACAAACUUCUACCACAAGCACUACAAUGGCUCCUUCGGCCAGUACUCAAUCGUCUACUGAUCGUGUUUCCUCCACUCAGCCCCCCAGUAGCGAAACUACUUCACAAAGUGCUCCCCCCAACACUGAAGCAGUCACAAUUAGUGAAACCACCACUUUAGGCAGUACACCAAGCUCCACCACACAACCCACUUCUACACUUGGUAGUUCUAGCACUACAGCAGCCCCCAAUACACAAGUUUUCACGACAGAAGAACCUGUAACAACUCCUACAGUUGGUUCUUCUGAGGCACAACCCUCAACCGUGGAAACCCACGGCACCCAACCUGGUGUAACUUCUGGUGAAAGUUCGACACUCGCACAUACAACACAAACACCUGGUUCCGCAUCGACAGUCGUUACACAGUCACCAAUGCACACUAGCACAGAGUCCACUUCGGAAGCUACUUCCGGGGCCAGCUCCGAAACACCUUCAUCACCACACACGGCUCCAAUGGAGACGACCACACCAGCGGUUUCGCAAGAAACUGCAACACCUCAAACUACCGAGCCAUCGGAUAGUCCAACCACACUUAUCACACCAGAUCACACAUCACCGAGUGAAAGCACGGCACACGAAACAAGCACUACACAACAGCCUACUACUCUUUCCUCUAGCACACAGCCAUCUAGUAGUGCACCACCGGCAACAACUGAACCGGCUGUACACGAAACCACACCCACCGAAUCCACCACACUUAGCACACCGAGCACACAGGCGGCAACAACUGUUUCGGCAACAUCUGCCGAGACACCCCUCACAACACAACCCCUGCCGGCUUCCUCGGAAGAAGGCUCAUCAACACCAGAAGCCACGACAACACUCACGCCAUCCAAGCAACCAGAGACAUCUUUCCCCGGGUCGACGGAAGGGUCCUUCACCCAAGCACCCAGCACACAGACACCACACACUACUCCUACACCGUCAGUGUCUUCGGUGACGGCAACACCGCCCACAUCAACACCGACACCAAGCACACAAACCACAACAACAAUGCUCACUACGAUCGUUAUGCAAAGCACUCAGUCUUCAACCGCUUUCUCUUCUCUAGCACAACCGUCUAGUACCACGCAGCAACCGACGCCAGGACAGGGUGGAUCUGGUGGUUCUAGCACUAGCAAACCAGCCGGCUCGGCUGGAUCGGCCCCCGCCUGCACUGAGGACGGAUUCAUGGGUGAUCCGAACGACUGCAAGAAGUUCUACCGCUGCGUUUCGAACGGUAACGGUCAGUUUACGCGGUACGAGUUCCGCUGCGGAGAUGGUACCGUCUGGGAUGAUAAUGCUGGCAGCUGCAAUCACGAUUGGGCCGUGGAAGAUGGACGAUGCGGUAAGGCAAAUGGGCAGGGUUCGAGUCCUCAAGGUGGUGGACCAGGUGAACAAGGUUCUGGCCCAAAUGGACCGAAUGGAGGUGGUUCGGGACCUAAUGGACCUGAAGGACCAAAUGGAGGUGGCUCAGGACCCAAUGGACCUGACGGACCGAAUGGAGGUGGUUCGGGACCUAAUGGACCUGAUGGACCAAAUGGAGGUGGCUCAGGACCUGAUGGACCUGAUGGACCGAAUGGAGGUGGCUCAGGACCUGAUGGACCUAAUGGACCGAAUGGAGGUGGCUCAGGACCUGAUGGACCUAAUGGACCGAAUGGAGGUGGCUCAGGACCUGAUGGACCUGAUGGACCAAAUGGACCUGACGGACCCAAUGGACCUGAUGGACCUAAUGGACCUGAUGGACCUAAUGGACCCAAUGGACCUGAUGGACCAAAUGGUCCUAAUGGACCAGAUGGACCCAAUGAAGGAUCAAACCAAUCAAAUAGCUCAAACGGAUCUGAAACAACUACGGCCUCGAGCCAACAAACCUCCACCGUGCCACCGUGUCAGCAACAGACAACUUCCACCACUCAAAACCCUGCUGUGCCAGCUGGCACCAAUGGUGUGUGCGAACAAGAGGGCUUCAUGGAGCAUCCAACAAACUGCAAGAAGUUCUACCGCUGCGUGGACAACGGCAACGGUGGAUACGAUCGGUACGAGUUCUCCUGCGGUCCGGGUACGGUCUGGGAUAAUGACAUCCUGGCCUGCAACCACCCUCAGUCGGUGCAAAACUCCAAGUGUGGAAACAGUGGUGAGACCGCGUCAUCUCAGUACCCCGGUAGUUCAUCUGGUCCCGGAAACACCUAUCUGCCACCGGCCCAAUCCUCGACCGAGUCUAUGCCCAGUACGACGGAGCAAACAAUGAGCAGCGUGGAGGCUGAAUCACUCACCACGGGCGCAACAGAAGCUGCCGGUGGUCAACAGCAGACGACUGCGGGUCCAGGAUCCUCUACAACAGAGGCCAGCAAAGAAGAAACAACAUCCACCACUCAACGACAAACUACCACCAGCCCCACGACAACCGAAGCUGCCAAGGAAGAAACGACAUCUAACGCUCAGGAACAAACGACGGAAUCCCAACAGAGCGCAACAUCGACAACCGAACAGGGAGAGUCGUCAACAACACCGGCCGGUGCCACCGAAACAUCGACAAUGCCAUCCUCAGAGGGAUGUGACUCUGAAGGGUUCAAGCCACACCCGACCGACUGCAAGAUGUUCUACCGGUGUGUCGACAACGGCAAGGGAGGCUACACGAAGUAUGAGUUCACAUGCUCAGAAGGUACCGGCUGGGACGAAAGCAAGCAGGCGUGCAACUACGAGUACGAAAUACCCAACUGCGGCGCCGAUCGUCCACCGGAACCGGAACCGGAACCAAGCGGUACGGACACGACAACGGCCGGUACGAGCGAGGGUACAACUGCAACCACAACGGACGCAUCCCAAACAGAGGGCACUACAGCGGCCCAGGAGAGUACGACCGCCCGGCAGGACAUGACAACGGCAUCACCUUCACAGGAAACGACCACUACGCCAGCAGAUCAACAAUCAACAACCACCGGAGCUAACCAGGAGAUGACCACUGGAGGCAACCAAGAGAUGACGACCUCCGCCACGAUGACGACAGAUUCAGGCGAGACCACCACCGCAACGACUUCAUCCGGACAAGACACUACCACGACCGCAGCGACGGAGACAACCACCGGAUCGGGACAGGAUAUGACAACGGCUGGUGGAGAUAUGAGCACGGAGGAAUCAACAACCGCUGGCGGGCAAGAGACGACUACUAUGGCGUCCUCCACGGGUGAAUGUACCGAGGAGGGCUUCAUGGGCAGUCCGGAUGAUUGCCGCAAGUUCUACCGCUGUGUGGACAAUGGCAAGGGCGGAUUCACGAAGUACGAUUUCACGUGCGGUGAAGGUACCGCGUGGGAUCAAUCCUUGCAGACGUGUAACCAUGAGAAUGUUGUUGAAAUGUGCGGCGGACAAACAGGUAACACUAGUAAUAAUGCUAACCAAUCAUCAUCAUCAUCAACCACAUCAACUUCCACUACUACCACUCAAGCACCACCCUCGACAACUACACAAACAUCAACUACCACAACUAGCACCACCCAAACACAAUCCUCCUCUACCACCACCACGACAUCAACCCCAUCCACAACCAGUACCUCCUCCGCACCAUCAUCAACAACAUCAUCGUCAGCAACGUCGGCUUCCACCCAAAGCACGCAAUCCUCAAGCACGCCGGCUGAAUCCACCACCGAACGCAUGGACUCUUCAACAUCCUCCUCAUCAUCCUCAUCAACAUCCUCAUCAACAUCCUCAACAUCAUCAUCAUCAUCAUCAUCGUCCUCUUCGUCCUCGUCGACGCCGGUAAACUGCACGGAGGCCGGGUACUUCCCGAACCCGGACGAUUGCACCAAGUUCUACCGCUGCGUUGACUGGGACGGCAAAGGCGAGAACUUUUCCGUGUUCCACUUCGACUGCCCCGAGGGCACCAUCUGGGAUCCGGCUGUAAAUACGUGCAACCACGAGGACAGCGUCCAGCCGCCUCGUAACUGUUCGAGGGCGGCCGAACCCACCGAAGCGCCCGCUGAAUCAACCACCUCCGUUACAGAAGAACCGGGUGCGGCGACUACUGAGGCCACAACGACAGCUCAGCAGACGGAGGCUACCACGAUGGCGGCCAGUGGCCCACAGGAGACGACGACGGAGGCACAGACGUCCGAAACGACGGCCGCCGGAAAGGAAGAAACGACUACUCAGCAGAUGGCCACGACCACGGAUGCGAUGGCACAGGAAACGACUACGAUGGCGGCGGCGGAAACUACGACGAUGGCUGCUCAGGAAACGACCACGAUGGCAGCGGCGGAAACUACGACGAUGGCUGCUCAGGAGACGACAACGAUGGCUGCCCAGGAGUCAACGACAACGGCCGCCCAAGAGUCGACAACUAUGGCCGCUCAGGAGUCAACGACAAUGGCUGCCCAAGAAACUACGACAAUGGCCGCCCAAGAGACGACCACCGAGGGUCAGCAAGAAACGACGACCUCACAGAUGUCCACGACGGCCGGAAGUAGUGAAACGGAAGCUACCACAAUGAGCCCUUCGGAGAUGACGACAGAGUCGGCAGGACAAGAGCAGACGACCAUGGAGAGCACGGAGUCGAGUACGGAACCAGCCCAAGAGUGUCCAGCCGGAUGCAUGAGUAACUGCCCGCCAGUCGACGAGGAUCAAGAUCGGUUCGUGUGUCCGACCGGCUUCAAGCGACACCCGAAGAACUGCAACCUGUUCUAUCAGUGUACGGAGAAACCGGACAGCUACGACUACAGUAUCGUGGUGUUUAGCUGCCCGAAUGACACCGUCUACCAGGAGAGCAGCACGCAAUGUACGGCUCCUACCGAAGGAGAUGAUCGCUGCCAAGCUGGUCAACUGCGAUCGCAGCUUCGCAACACGCGCCAGCUACCGGUGAUGCAGCUCGGCUCGAUGGAACCACUCUGCCCAACGGAUGGGCACUUCGCGAUCGAUGAUCAAAAGUGCAGCUCGACCUUCCUGCGAUGUGCCCAAGGUCGUUCGGGACUGCAACCGAACGUGUUCCGUUGCCCCAAGGGUUACGUGUACUGGCGUGUUAGCCGCCGAUGCGAGCGCGUCCAGAAGAUCCCCGAGUGCCAGUCGACACCGAUGCAGGAACGCUCGGAGCUGCCGGUCGAGUGGAUCAACAUUGGCAACCGGCGCCGCAGCCUGUUCUAG